AUGCUACCGUUUAAAAAGCAUCUUGUAAUUAGUAUUGCUAUUCGGGGAUUUCUUGUAUAUUACGGCGAAGUUCAAGAUAAUCUCUCGGAUGUUCAGUACACAGACGUUGAUUAUCGUGUGAUAACUGAUGGCGCUAGUCAUGUUCUUGCUUUGAACUCUCCAUACAAACGGCACACAUAUCGAUACACCCCGCUGCUAGCCUAUUUAGUUGUACCUAAUUUAUUGCUACACCAGACAUUCGGCAAGUUGAUAUUUUCCCUGUUCGACAUACUAAUCGGAUUGUUAAUCAAGUGGAUCCUGCUAAACUCCUAUCGAGAGAACAAAAUUUCUAUUGAGAAAAAGCUGUUGAAACUGGAAACGCUCAAUAACCGCAACAAGUAUCUAAUCAAACGAAAGAAUGAAAUUCUCAACAGUAGUAAUGAAACAUUACCGCCCAGGUACAUACGAAUGGCCGAGUUGAGUGCGUAUUUUUGGUUGUACAACCCACUGACGAUGGUCAUAGCAACGAGAGGAAACGGUGAUUGUGUUUCUUGUUUUCUGGUUCUCAUGGCACUUUACUAUCUGCUACAAAACAAACAAUCGAUUGCACAAUUUUUCCUGGCUGGUAUUUUCCUGGGAUUAUCGAUACAUUUCCGUUUAUACCCUAUCGGAUUUUGCUUAGCAUUUUAUUUGGCCAUAGCAGACAAACCACUGGAUUCCGCUACAGAAUACAUCCAUGCAGUUCUGGGACCCAAUGUGAAGCAGGUAGCUUUAGUACUGGGAACUGCCACUUCAUUGAUCGGAUCAACGUGCUUUUUCUAUCUGCUGUAUGGUCACCAGUUUCUCUACGAGUCAAUAUUGUAUCAUUUAAUUCGUAAGGACACUCGACACAAUUUUUCCCUCUACUUCUAUAUGCAGUAUCUCAGUUCGAACCAAGAGGCAGCAUGUUUGUUGGAGAAAGUUCUUACGUUUUUACCGCAGCUGAUUUUGAUUUUGAUGCUUACUAUACGCUACGGAAAGCACCGUCAAACGAUUGGGUUUGCGCUGUUCGCCAUUGCGUUCAUAAUGGUCACCUAUAAUCCAGUUGUCACUUCGCAGUACUUCGUAUGGUUUCUGUCGCUGCUGCCGUUGAGUGUGAAAAAUUUCAGGAAUAUUGGCUUCCGGAAAGCAAUUUUUAUUCCCAUUAUGUGGUUUAUUUCCCAAGGCGGCUGGUUGCUGCCGGCAUAUCUGCUCGAGUUUAAAGGGUGGAAUACUUACGAGUUUGUGUGGGUUCAGAGUGUGGUGUUUUUCUUUUCCAACAUUUUGAUUCUGCAAAUUUUGGUGACGAAUUACGAUAUGAGUUACAACUAUAAGAUCGAUUGAAUCGCAAAUAAGUAUGUGUGACGGUAAAAAUAAAAAGGAAUUACAACUGCUAAAA